UGUGUAAAGAUAUACGUGGUUUGCUCAGCCACUGGUGUUGCAGAACACCUUCACGGUGUCGCAGCAGGCCCAGCUAGACUCCACUCCUCAAACUUUCUGGGGGAAAAAUGCCAGGAAUUUGAUAGAAAGAGGAAGUGGAGGCGGGACCUAGGAGGUGGAGGAGGCAACAACGGGACUCUCCUUCAGAUCCUCUGCAACUUCAGAAAACGUGCCACCCAAAGCAAAAAAAUAAAUAAAAAGCUUGGCCAAUGAAAAGCUUUCUCCCACAUCGUGAAGGUGUCCUGAGCAUAAAGCCAAGGCGGAGGGGAAGAGGCCGCUUAUAACAACUAGCCCCAUGUUUGGUCGGUAGCCAUGGCUGUCAACGUGCAGAAAAAGCGCCAGGGCCAGGUGACCAAGGAGGGCGGCUGGGGGUGGAUGGUCGUCGCGGCCUGUUUCCUCGCAACCAUCUGCACACGUGCAGUCACCAGAUGUGUUUCCAUCUUCUUCGUGGAGUUCCAGCUGCACUUUGGGCGGGACUAUUCCACCACGGCAUGGAUCCACAGCCUCAUUGAUUGCACCACGAUGCUCUGUGCACCUCUGGGUGGUUUCCUUAGCAACCGUCUGUCAUGCAGAGCCACAAUAAUGCUAGGAGGCCUCUUGUCCUCGGUGGGUCUGGUGAUCAGCUGCUUCGCUUCCAAUGUGGAACAUCUUUACGUCUCGAUGGGUAUCCUAACAGGUUUUGGCUUUGCUCUGAGCUACACUCCAUCCAUUGCCAUGGUUGGCCAAUACUUCAGCAAGAGGAAAGCUUUGGCGUACGGCAUCGCCCAGUCUGGCAGCGGUAUCGGGACCUUCAUCCUGGCUCCGGUGGUGCAGUUCCUCAUCGAUCAAUACUCGUGGAGGGGGGCCCUGCUAAUCCUCGGGGGCUUUGUCUCCAACUUGUGUGUGUGUGGAGCUUUGAUGAGGCCGGUGGUGGAGAUCGGCCAGAAGCGAAGGAUGUCUCACGAGUUCAACGAUGCCAAAGAAGAAGGCAAAGAAGUCCCAGCAAAGACGCCAGUAAUUAGCACCCUCCACUACAAUGAAGGACUCCUAAUUGCUAACGAAGCUCUGAGAAACUGCCAUCUGAAGAACGGAAACCAAGCCGCAGUUAAAAAGCUAGCCCAAGGAAACACGUUAGCCUUUUUGUCCAAUGCCCCCAAUGCCAGUUUAAUGGAUCUCAAGCCAGCGGAUUGCCUUUUACUUAGUAACACACUUACGGGCGACACGCUUAGGGAGCUAGCCAACACAAAGCUGGUUAGCACCGUGGAAAGUCAUAGCUUUUGCAACAAAAUGACAGUUACUAUGAUGGAACCCAAGCAUUCUGACCCUUUAGUGAAUACUGACACCUCUCGAGGUCGUUGUCGUUGCUUCCAGCCGGGAGAGUACUUUGGAUUUCUAGUAUCCCCUGACUUCCUCAUUCUGUGCCUGUCCUUCCUGUUCUUGGCGUAUGGAUGUAGUACUCCAGUGGUCUACCUGGUUCCCUUUGCACUCAGUAAGGGAGUUGAGCACAAGCAGGCUGCCUUCAUCGUGUCCAUAUUUGGAAUCAGCGGUAUCGUGGGUAACUUUACCUUUGGUUGGAUCACAGACAGGAAUUGUCUGAAGCGGUACCGUAUGCUGAGCUAUAUGCUAGCAGUAGCGGUGGAGGGCCUGAGCUGCCUGUGGCUUCCAUUCCUCCACUCCUUCGUCCCGCUGACCAUGUUCGCCGUGGUCUACGGCUACUUUGACGGCGCUUAUGUGGCACUCCUACCCGUGGUUACUUCGGAUGCCGUGGGCUCCGCUUACCUCGCCUCAGCCCUGGGCGUGGUCUAUUUCCUGCAUGGUGUGCCUUACCUUGUCAGCCCACCCAUCGGUGGUUGGCUAGUGGAUGUGACCGGAACCUACACGGCAACUUUCUUGGUCAGUGGCGCUUCGUAUAUUUGCAGCGCUGCCGUUUUGGCCGUGGCCAUGUUAGUCCGACGUGCCUGUCGGUCAGGACCCAAGGCGCUCUCCCCCGAACAUGUCAAGACCUCCACUGUGUGUCAUCAGGACGUCAUCUAAGCAUUCUGAUGUGUAGUUUUGUUCACCAAACACUCUUAAAAUCACUUUUUUACUACAACUCUUUUAGAUUUUUGUAUUCACAACUGUGAAAGAUAAUCAUACCACACAUGCAAAUAUGGAUCUAUGAUAACUCCUGUGUUGAUAUCGUACUGUGCACUAUAAAGCUACAACAUCAAAAUAUGUGAGUGUGGUGUUGAUCCUGGACUGUGAGGAAUAACGAUACGGCAGAUCAAAUUUAUUGUUACCGAUAUACAGAAAUAAUGUCACAUAAAAAUUACAAUAUUUAAUACCUGCUUCGACUACUGCAGGUAAUACCGUUACAAUACUUGAUACUGCACUGAUACUGGACUGUGAGCAAUAAUGAUCCAACAUUUUCAAUAUUUGUCAGCCAUGUAAAGAUACUCUAAGCGAUGAUGAAUCAACGAUACAAGGCAACAGAGUACUAAAAUGUGUUACUUUUGAAUCAAUGUCAUACUGUGAGUUAUAAGGAUUCAACAUAUCAAGGUAUGUGAUACUGGCGUAUUGAUACUGUGGAUUAAUCAUGCAAAACAUCACAUCGGUAUUUGGUUUUAAUAUAUUAAUACUGUACUGCAUUUGUUGUAUAAAUGGAUUCACGUAACUACAUGUAUGUAGGUAAAAAAAGAAUAAAGUAUUCAUAGCACCAAACGUCCCGCAACUGAAUAAACACUGUCCAUGGUUUGUGUUCACACUGUC